GUCAGAGCGCAGGAGUUUUCCACUGACGAAAAAGGGCAGAAGGAGGAGGAGAAGAGGAGGAGAGGGAGGAGGAGCCGCUCCAGCCUCGGCUCAGUUCAGCGCCAGGCGCAGGCGAGGCAGGAUGCGCAGCUGAGCUCCUCUUCUCGCCUCUCUUUUGGGCUCCUCUCUCGCUCCCACCGGCUCUGUUAUAUGAAAAGCCCUCUGUAACCAUGACUGGAGUAUUAAAAAGAAAAUAUGAAGAACUGGAAGACGACGCUCCCUAUUCCUCCUCGUCUUCCUGCUCUCCUUUUUCCUCCUCCGCAUCUUCAGCUUCUUCCGGAUGGGAAUCCGACGAGGAAAGCUCCCGAGGAGGUGGCAUCAAAUCCCGUUUGGCCUUAAGUUCUGACUUCACCCCGACGUCCAUCCUGAAGAAAAGCAAGCGGCUAAAACGGAACAACGUGGAGUUUGACCGGGUGACUGUCUUCUACUUCCCUCGCUGCCAGGGCUUCACCAGUGUGCCUAGCCGCGGGGGCUGCACCCUGGGCAUGGUCAGCAGGCACGGCUUCUCCCGGGAGUUCACGCUGGCUGAGUUUUCCAAGGAACAGGAGGCGGUGCGGCGAGAGAAGCUGAAGGAGCGCUUGAAAGAGGAGAAACUGGAAGCCUUGAAGUGGAAGCUCACCAUGAACGGUACGAAAGAGUCCGAGGAGGCCAACCAGCUCACCACGGAAGACAUCUCAGACGAUGACAUCGAAGCCAAUGGCACUGAACUGGAGGACGGCUUUUUCCUCCAACCCUACCCGGCUAAGAAGAGGCGAGCUCUGCUCAAGGCCAUGGGCGUCAAGAAGAUCGACAAGGAGGAGAAGCGGGAGCUGCACAGCAUCCGCCUCUCCCGGGAAGACUGUGGCUGCAACUGCCAGGAGUUCUGCGACCCGGAAACCUGCAGCUGCAGCUUGGCCGGCAUCAAGUGUCAGAUGGAUCACACUUCAUUUCCUUGCGGUUGCACGAAAGACGGCUGCGGGAACACGGAAGGGCGAAUUGAGUUCAACCAGGCUCGUGUUCAGACGCACUUCAUUCACACUAUCAUGAAGCUGGAGCUGGAGAAGAACCAGCAAAGCAGCGAGAGAAGCCUUGAGCCCGAAUCCCCAUUCAGGGAGCGUCUCCAUCCGUUUGGCUGUGCGGCAAGUAAGGCAGCGUUGGAGGAAAGGACCAAGCCUCUGAUGCCCGCCUUCCAGUUCAACACCGAUUUGGAGACCAUCGGAGAGAACAGUUGCAGCAGUGACAUGACUGACUCGUCCCUCUCAUCCGGCCAGAGCGAGGAUUUGGAAGAACCGUAUGAAGCUGCUCCAUCCGAAAAGUCGCAAUCGGAUGUCGAUGACGACGGUUUGGCACGGAUUCUCCAUUUCAGUGAUUCGGAGGAUGAUGGCACUACUUCUGGAGGAUGCCAGGAUAACUUGAGUUCUUUUCAUCCGACCGGCUUCUUCAGCGUGGAUGUGGAAAACCAGUGCGUCACUAAUGUGGCUGAGAGGUUUGACGGCAACAGCGGAUUGAGCCAUUUGCCGCAUCUCACCGAAUGUUUGGACGAAAACGCCAACCAGGAGGCGAGCAGUUUGCUUGAGGCCUCCUCCUCCUCAGGAGCGCAGAGCAACGAGAGCCUCUCUUCCUCCGGGGAGCAUGGCUCCAAAAACUACAUGGACCUGAGCCUCUCCUGUGACUCUCUGGAUUUUUUCCAGUCCUUCUCAGACUACAACUUGGGACCCCUUUAUAACUCUUUGAAGGAAUACGAGAACCUGGACAACUUUUCAGCCCUCCAGCUCCAGCUGCCAAAUUUCCCCAGCUUGCCCCAGUCCGGGGAUCAAAGCACCUGCUUUUUGGAGUCCCUCAUCGGUUUAUCCGAAUCGGUCCCAGAAACCCCCGCACCUUUUACAGACAAUCAGCUUCUAGAAGAUGCCAUUAAGUCAUCCCUCAUGGAGACAGUGAAGGUUUAAUUUUAUAUGAUGUGUUAUGUGUUGAAAGAGUCAAGGGAAAGAAACUUUUGAGACCCACCGUGAAUAAGGAAUCCUUAAAAGAGAAGGAGAUGCUACAAAAGGCUGAGGGCAAAUGAAUAUUGUUCGUUUUGGGGAGGGAGGGGAGAGCAAAAAACAAACAAACUGCAGCUACAAUCAGUUUUCUUUACAGCUCUGGCCUUUGGAUGGCAUUGGGAAGGAAAACAAGAUACCUUUUGCAAAACACCAAUUUACCUGCAUUUUGUACAGGUGGGCAGGGAAAACUUUGUGAAUAUGUAUUCCUUGCAUUUUAACACUGUGGAUGCUCCACAGGGCACCUUCUGCCAAUGUUUUCAUAUGUUGGCAGACAAUUUUUCUCGAGCUACUUUGAGAGCUUUCUCUAUAUAUUUAUUGUGAAAACGAUUUGCAAAAGGGUUCUCUCUCACUUCAGACGUUUACAGGAAAUACAACAAGAGGCCCAUACACUAUUAGAGGCACCAUUUCCCUCCCCGUUCUAUUUAUUGCAAAAUUCCACAGUUUAUAAUAGCCCCUGAUGCUUGAACCAAGCACGGAAUCUUAUUUAAAUUAAUCAUACCUCGGAUGUAUUAUGUGUACAAUCAUAUUUCUGCAUAAUAUAUCUGCCUUUAUUUAUUUGUUACCUUCGCAUACCCGAGUCUCACUGGGGCUUGCUAAGGACCUGAAAUGAAAGGAGGUUUUUUGGCACAACAGGCUUUAAGGCUGUGUCCUGGUUUUGUUCUGGUUUUUUUUCCUGUUAGGGAAAAUAUGAAGAAGGUGUUCCCUUUCGAUGCAAUCAAAUGCCUUUUCUCGCCCAAACCCUUUGGAGUGAGAGGGACUGACACCAGUAUUGUCUGAAGUCCCAACUCAUUUCAGGGGGUCUACUCCAGGCAUGGCAUAUGUCUGCCCUCCAGGUGUUUUGGACUUCAACUCCCACAAUUCUUGGCCUCAGGCCCCUUCCUUUUCCCUCUCAGCCACUUAAGCGAGGCUUGAGGCCAGGAAUUGCGGGAGUUGAAGUCCAAAACACCUAGAGGGCGGACAUAUGUCCAUGCCUGGUCUACUCUUAAAGUGUCUUGAAGUCUGGAUCUCAUCCAGUGUCUUUUGAAAAAAGCCUUGUUUCUCCAUGUCAAACAUAACAUUCUCUUUUACUCUCUUGGAUUCCAAGUUUCGCCCUGGUCUCUUUGACCUUUCCUGGUGUUUAUUAAACUGGUUUCAAACCAGCUUACUUCGCAAUGUGGACACAGGGUAAAAUGUAGUGUUGUACACAAUUUGAAGAGUGCCUUCUUUUCACAGUGGCAACUCCUUUUGCUGCUUUUGCAAUCUGGGUGCAGUGCAGUCAAAGGGCAUUUGGAGGAAAGGGCACCAAUUGGAUCAAUUUCUUUGUGGCUGGAAAGAGCAUUUGAAUUUUGGAAAUGUGAGCAUCAGUCACAGCAAUAGUCCAAAAGGACCAGCCAACAUCUACCAAGUUCCUGUGUUGUGCUAGCAGUGGUUCUCAACCUGUGGGUCCCUAGAUGUUUUUGGCCUUCAACUCCCAGAAAUCCGAACAGCUGGUAAACUGGCUGGGAUUUCUGAUAGUCAUAGACCAAAACAGCUGAGGACACACAGGUUGAGAACCACUGCACUAAAGAAAGAGGUUGUAUGUAGUGUUACUAUUUAAACGAAAGGAAAAAUCUCAAUUUUCUUUUUCUUACCCUGUUAUUCUUGCAGAAGAAGAUUUGUAUCUUUGUGAAGUCCAUAAUUCUGCUGUGGAUAAAGUAAUAAUAAUAAUAAUAAUAAUAAUAAUACCCUUAACUAUUAAGAGAGAGAGAGAGAGUGAAAGAGAAAAGAAAUAAUAUGAACUAUUUAAAACAGAAAAAAGUGAAAAUUGUGUUUGUAAAUUAUUUUCUAAUUUAUUUAAUUUACUUAAGGAUUUGGCCAUGACUUCUCGAUAGAAUGGAUCAAAUGUACCCCAAUGUAUGGAAAGGGAGCAUCACUUUGGGGAAGAGCCAAGUUUGCAAAUCAGGAGGACUUUCUAGCCUUUGCAAUAGGAAGUGCAAAAAAAAUUAUAAUGCAAAACACUGUGCUUAAUAAGACUUGGGGUGUUUGGGGUUGUCUCAGGAGGGAGAGUGGACAUCAAUGUGGAGGUGGACAACUACAAGUGCAAUGCAUGAUAAUACAGGGUCCAACUGUAAUGUAGUUUGUGAAAUGCAGUUUCCAUUCAUUUCUCUUACAUGGGAUCCACCUAGCAAUAAUUGUCUCCUAAUGAUCUAAAAGAGUCAUGGGCAAACUUGAGCCCUCCAGGUGUUUUGGACUUCAACUCCCACAAUUCCUAACAGCCGGUAGGCUGUUAGGAAUUGUGGGAGUUGAAGUCCAAAACACCUGGAAGGCUGAAAUUCGCGAAUGCCUGAUCUAAAGUCCCACAUGUUUGAAUGGAAUGACACUGGUACAAAAGUGAGAACAAUGCACCAUUGAAUUGGGACUUUGUUACAGGUGGUGCUCUUGUCCGACAUCUGAAUGGCACACCAUUUGAAGUGCUCCUUUGAUGUUUGGAAAGUGGAGAACACUUAAAACAAGACUUUGGUCAAACCUAGAUAUCUAUGAACCUUUUACAAAGAAACCAACUAAGAAAUUGAAAAAGAAAAUACUGAAAUUACAUGGUUUUUAUGUUAUUGGAAUAUGAAUGCACGCACACACACAGCAAAACCUCUGACUGGAUAUAAUUUAGGGUCCUUUCAAAGGUACAUCAAUCUGUUUCCUGACUCUGUCUUGCUGUCUCUUGACUAGGUGUUUGUGAUGGUUUAGAAGCCCUAUUGUGUUAAAUAAUUCCAAUUUUUCAAGUUGUGUUAUCCCCACCUUCUCCUCCUUUGUUGAUCAUGGGCCGAGAUUACACAAAAUGUCUCAAGCUUGUAAGUAGGGACUGAAACCCCUUCGACCAUCUGCAAUUUAUGGAUAGUACUUGAAUAUAUCCCACUAGAAAAGACUUCUUUAGGUACUGUGAGUACGCAAAAGGAUCUUGGAAAUCGAGAGAACAAAGUUGACGACAUACGCUUUCAUAGACUUUAAGGCUACUGCAAGUAGAUGCAGGUCGUUUGUGAAAGUUUGCGCUACCAUUCUCUCACAAUCUCAAAGGUGCUACGAGAUCCUUUUGCAUACAGAUACUCCACAUUAACAUCUCUGAACAAUACUAUUGA